CACGCUCUCGGCGCCGAAGAGAACUUUGCUCCGCGCUUCAUCGCUGUUUCUUGAUUAGUUUCAUUGAUGUUCUUCAGAAUGUUAGUUUCUUUAGUUUUCAUUGGUGUUUUAAGUCGCGAUCCCGAAGGUUACUUUAGUUUCACGCUGAAAAACUAAGGCUUUAUCGCGCCAUUCCUGCAGGAAGAGAAGAACGAGUUUAAGAUGGCAGAUGAUUCUGAUCAGAGAUCAGUGUUAAUGGAGAUCACAGAACCACAGGCCAAAAUCACAGGACGUCUGAGAAGAUCCUACAUGGAUAUCCUGUCCGUCGGUGCGAGACACGGGACGCACGGCUGCGGCGUGAGACCUGGACACGCGUGGGACGCAGGUUCAGGGAGACGCCGGAGCAGAGGCGCUUUGGACGCGUGUGAGAUGUCCGUCUCCAGACAGCUGCUCCGCAGUCUUCUGCUGGCCGAGCAGUCCGUUCAGAUGGAGUCCGGCUCCUUCACGUCUGACCUCAAGCUCUUACUGGAGGAUCUGCAUCUGAAGAAGACCAGCGUCUACAGAUCCAUCCCGUACUCCCGCCUGGCCUCCAACCGAGACGCACACUGCUACAGGAAAGCCCGUCCACACCUGAUGGCCUUCAGGCGCUCGUGUCAGGACGGAGGCCGUCUGCUCCUGCAGAAUGCCGAGUGGGAGAAGCUGCUGGAGUUCGUUCAGGCGGCGUGUCGCUACACCAGUGAACUCCCGCAGUGGGAGACCAGCACCCAUAAUGCACUGCGAGAGCACUGCUACAACACGCUAGCAGCGUUCUGUACCGCGGCACUGCAGAAACACAGACCCGCCGUGCGCAGAGCUCGAGAACUGCUGCGCAGGUUCAAAAUGGCUCCGGUGUCGAGGCGAGCGAUCAGCCUGUGUUUAGAAGAGCUGGAGAAGAUCCUGCAGGAAUAUCAGAGCGGAAAAUCACAAACACAGAUCCACCCGUGAGUCUUGCGUUCAGACGAGAGGGCUGCUGAUGAGUGACGUCACUGAGAUCUCAUUGUGACACACGUCGAUCCAUCAGACCCAUCAGAGCAUGUGAUUCGCCCAUCAGAGCAUGUGACCCAUCAGAGCAUAUGACACGCCCAUCAGAGCAUGUGAUUCACCCAUGAGAGCAUGAGACCCUCCCAUCAGAGCAUGAGACCCUCCCAUCAGAGCAUGAGACCCGCCCACCAGAGCAUGAGACCCGCCCAUCAGAGCAUGAGACCCGCCCAUCAGAGCAUGAGACCCGCCCAUCAGCGCAUGAGACCCGCCCAUCAGCGCAUGAGACCCGCCCAUCAGAGCAUGUGACCCACCUAUCAAGAGCAUGAGACCCAUCAGAGCAUGUGAAUCGGCCAUCAGAGCAUGUGAAUCGGCCAUCAGAGCAUGUGAUUUGCCCAUCAGAGCAUGAGACCCAUCAGUGCAUGUGAAUCGCCCAUCAGAGUAUGAGACCCGCCCAUCAGAGCAUGAGACCCAUCAGAGCAUGUGAAUCGCCCAUCAUGAGACCCGCCCAUCAGAGCAUGAGACCCGCCCAUCAGAGCAUGAGACCCGCCCAUCAGAGCAUGAGACCCGCCCAUCAGAGCAUGUGAAUCGCCCAUCAGAGCAUGUGACCCACCUAUCAGAGCAUGUGACCCACCCAUCAGCGCAUGAGACCCAUCAGAGCAUGUGAUUCACCCAUCAGAGCAUGAGACCCAUCAGAGCAUAUGACGCCCAUCAGCUCAUGAGACCCGCCCAUCACAUGAGACCCGCCCAUCAGAGCAUGUGAAUCGCCCAUCAGAGCAUGAGACCCGCCCAUCAGAGCAUAUGACCCACCCAUCAGAGCAUGAGACCCAUCAGAGCAUGUGAAUCGC